AUGCAGGCGCAGAUUGCCAGAGAAACCGCGGAGCUCCAGGCGGCUGGCGCGAAUGGCCAUACUGAGCACCUCAAAGAAGAAGACGAUUAUGGCAACGCUGAGGCGCAGGAAGAGGAGAUGGUGGAGCAGGAAGCGCCUGCACCACCACCUUCGGUCGGUCAAAAGCUCGAUUUGCUGCAACUGUUCGGUGGUGCACCGGCUGCUCCUCAACCUGCAUCUCAUACAAACCAACCUGACAUCCCGCCUGCCGGCAUGGAACCCGCUCGAUUCACGGCUUCGACGGAUACCGACUUCUUUCGUAGCUCGCCAAGUCCAGCAGGCGCUCACCAAAGCCACGGCCAAGCAGCUCCGCCCACGCAGCGAAACAUACUGCUCGAUCUCUUCAAGAAGUGA